GGAUGUGUCAAUACAUUGUGUUGGUCCGAAGAUGGUCAGCUGCUCCUAUCUGGUAGUGAUGACACUCAGUUGAUGCUGUGGCAAUAUAGAGAUGGUCCUGGUCGGGCUCAACGGCGGCCAAUUGAGGUCAUCGACACAGACCACUACUCGGCUACCGUCCUAGCCUAUGUGGACCAGGUCAUCCCUUGGGACUGUCCUCAUCUAGUCAUCUCCUGUAGCGCGGACUCAACAGUACGGCAGUUCGAUAUCCGAGCAGGGCCAGGCUCGUCUCAAGUGCUCGCCCGAUGGGCCCAUUGGCGUAGCGGCAUCAAUGCCAUCAGCGGCGGCUGGGCCUUGCGGCCUUACUCGGUCU